AUGGCGACGGCGCUCGUCUUACGCCUCGCCUUGCUCUUGGCAAUCGCAGCCGCGGCAGCAGCCAUGGACAACGCAACAGGUGACGGCAGCAGCAACACCACCACGUCCCCCGUCCUAUGCAAUGGCGCCGAGUGCGAGCUGCCGGGGAAGCCACUACCGAUCUACGGCUACCCGCCUCGGGCGCCGUCGCUGCCGUCCGCACCGCCGAUGCCACCUUCGGCCCCUGGGUCACAGACGCCGUGCCCGCCCGUGGCCGUCGUCUGCUGCGGCGGCGCAGGGGGUCAGUACAUGCCACAGCAACCAAACUACUAUGGGCCUCCUACCGGCGGCUAUGUGCCCUACUACAACGCCUCUGCUUCGCCUCCUGCGCUGCUUGCUCCUAUUACUCUCGUUGGCUACUACGCGAUGGUUGCUUGCAUCUUCUUUCUGUUGUUUGUGGUGUAGUCGUUUCUCGGUUUCUGGCAUCUGAUAGCUUAUAUCAAUUGGGUUGACACAUAUAGUAGAAAACUAGAAAUUCAAGGGGAUACGUACGUAUACUUGUAGUGAAUUACUUACUAUAUAGACUAACUACUGGAUACCAUGAUUUUCCUGUGUGUGAAAAUUCGAUAGGAAAAUUUGACACGCACAGAAAAAUCGGUUUCUAGUAGUGACUAUGGAGAAGUGUACCUAAUUUAACGUGUAUCUGUGUUCAAGGG